CUGUGUGUAUUGUAUAUCAAUAUGUAAUGUUUAUAUUUCAAUUUGGUUGAUCAUAUUUUUGUCAUUGUUGACUCAACAAUGCUGCUUUGACUUGUGCUCAUGUCAGUGUAGUCAAUGUGGCGUGUGGUCAGCGCCAGUGCAACAGAUAUCAACCAUGGCACAGAAUGGAGCUCAGGACAUGCCCACUUUCAAGUGUGUUCUUCUGGGUGACGGAGGCACGGGUAAAACUACCUUCGUGAAGCGCCACCUUACUGGUGAAUUCGAGAAGAAAUACGUGGCCACACUGGGUGUGGAGGUGCACCCGCUGGUGUUCCACACCAACCGCGGCGCCAUACGGUUCAACGUCUGGGACACGGCUGGCCAGGAGAAGUUCGGAGGCCUCCGAGAUGGAUAUUAUAUCCAGGGUCAGUGUGCCAUCUUGAUGUUUGACGUCACAUCGAGAGCCACGUACAAGAACGUGCCCAACUGGCACCGUGACCUGGUGCGCGUGUGUGAAAACAUCCCCAUCGUGCUCUGCGGUAACAAGGUCGAUAUCAAGGACAGGAAGGUCAAGGCCAAGUCGAUCGUGUUCCACCGGAAAAAGAACCUCCAGUACUACGACAUCUCGGCCAAGUCCAACUACAACUUCGAGAAGCCGUUCCUGUGGCUGGCGCGGAAGCUGAUCGGCGACCCGAACCUCGAGUUUGUGGCGAUGCCGGCGCUCGAGCCGCCAGAGGUGCAGAUGGACCCCAACUGGCAGAAACAGAUCGAGAGCGAGCUCAAGGUGGCCACCGAGACGGCGCUGCCCGAGGACGACGAGGACCUGUGAGCACGCCGGCGGACUGAGGGGGAGGGGCGUGCUGUGACCGCCGACCUCGUGGCCUGGGGGGGGGGGGGGGCUGCACCCAGCCGGUGGCUGUGGUGCGGUACUAGGCAUCAAUGUCUUGGCGACUCGCACGAUGCGAUGGAAAUGCCGACACUUUUUCCUAGUGUGUCACGACUGUCACGAGUAAUCUCUCAUGGAUGUAGGACCGAUGGUGAUAUUUGACGUGUUUUGUCGUUGACGCUGAUAGAUACUUGAAAUCCACUGAUUGACAAAUGCCACCCGUUUUGUGUCUGAGAUCGUUUCUAAAAACCUCGGAUCUUUGGUCAGUGCGGGGAUGCACGCGCCAUUGGUGAUUCAUCCCAUUUUAUGUGUGAUCGGUAUUUAACGAUCAUUUUUGGAUUAUGGUGGCAGUGAAUGCUUCGCACGGCAAAGCUGGGCGCUGUAUGUACCUGUUAUCAAACGUUGCGUCUUGGAAUAAUACAUUCGGUGAACUCAA